UACCGCCAUGGUACUACGGUCAUCGUGUUAAAGAGGCCGAUUGGAUAGCGAUAGUCUGGUGUUUUAAUGGACAAUCCUUUCCUCAAAACUGUUGUGCUCUACUGUGACAAGUGUGGUUCGUGCGUCUCCAAACCCCGUGUGUGUUUGGUGGGAAACUUCUGUUCAUUGUUGAACACCUUCAAUAGCGGAACCGUGGUGGGGGCAAGCCAGACCCCAACAAUCACGUGAAAAAUGGCAUCGAAUAACUGGUUUGCGAUAGGGGUAGUAGCAUUGCUCGUGCUGGCCCACCUUGCCGUCGGGCAAGAGGUAUGUCCCGAGCCGUGCAGCUGCGAAUGCGAGGAAAUAAUGUCCUGCGUCGACUGUUCCGGUCGCGGUCUAACGCAGCUGCCCGUCUUUGCCGAUCAAAACAUCCAAAUACUUGACCUCUCCGACAAUCACUUCAGCGAAAUUCCGCGCGAAUUGGCUCAGUUCCCGCUGCUUCACUACCUGGACAUGUCGGCCAACAAUAUCAGCCAGUUGGCCGAGGAUGCACUGGCCGGAAUGAAUUCCCUCUCCAUUCUAAUCCUUUCCAACAACUACAUCUCCAACUGGGCGGAUAUACAUCCGAACCAGUUACUACUGCAUGCCACCAACCUUAGAGAGCUUCGUUUAGCGAGAAACCAAUUCACGAGCUUCUCCAGCAACGACGGUAGUCUGGUGCUGGCGAGCACCUCGCUCCGUUACCUCGACCUCAGCAGCUGCCGAAUAACGAAGGUAUCCGGGGCCGAAGUGAUCGGCGGAUUGACCAACCUGGAGCAGCUCAAACUAAGCGACAAUCCGAUCGUCUCCAUCUCCAGCAUGGUCUCACGGAGUCUGAAGAAGCUCGAGCUAAACAACUGCAAACUGGCCGCCCUCCAAUCGACCGUCUUCACCGGACUCGACGCACUGAAGGAGGUGAAUCUGGCACACAAUUAUCGCCUUUCGCUCGGUUCGCUGGAGGAGCAAACGAACGUCCGAUCGGGCAGCCUACGAAAGAUCAAUCUAUCCCACUGCAACAUGAACUCGCUCGAUCUGCAAGGCUUCCCGCAGCUACUGACGGCUGUCGUAAGCGCGAACAUGAUCCAGCAGCUGGGCCGCGACUCCUUCACCGGCACCCCACUGCUGGAGCAUCUCGAUCUAUCGUUCAACUCGAUCCACAACAUCCAUAAGGAGGCAUUCCUACCGUUGCACCACCUAAAGACGCUCGAUCUGUCCUUCAACAUGAUCUCGCGCAUCGACGGCAAGCUGUUCAAAUCGAACGAUCUGCUAACGGACGUCAACCUGAGUCGGAACUUUAUCGGUCGACUUAGCCGCAUCUCGGCCGAAUCGCUCGCCUACCUCAACGUAAGCUGGUGCGAGAUCAUGACCAUCGAUCCGGAUGCGCUCGCUUCGAUGGCCCGGCUCGGUGAGCUCGAUCUAUCGCACAAUCUCCUAUCCGACAUUCCCGACGCACUGUCGUCCGAUUCGCUGCAAACGCUCGAUCUCAGCAUGUGCCGCCUGUCGACGAUCCGGAAUGGUACGUUCACGGGCUUCCCCGAGCUGGCGCGCCUAAAUCUGGCCGGUAACCGCUUUACGACACCGUUUCGGGUUGACUUUUUCCGCGAUAAUCCGUACCUGCGCGAGAUCCGACUCGGUGACAAUCCGUGGCGGUGCGAUUGCCGGAGCGAUGACUUCUUUCAGUUCUUCCAGUUCCUGACCGAUCCACCGGGACGCAUUGGCGAUCGGAAGAGCCUGCUGUGCAACACACCGGAAGACUUUUUCGGCUCGAGCUGGGAAGCUUCGUGCCGUUCCGUUUGGUAUCCGUACGAGACGAUGGGUAAUGCGGAGCGUAUCUGGACCUGGCUCAUGGUUGGCAUACUGUCCUUCUUCGGAAUCUUCUGUCUCAUCUCGUCGGUUAAGAAGUUUGUCUCCGCACGCCAGAAGCUGGCCGCCGAACGGGAACGUGCCGAGAAUCUGCAGGAGUUGCGUGAAAUUGCCCGUGAGAACCGAGUUCGGCUGAUGAACGAUGCACCUCAGAAUGCACCGGAUGCACGAGAAUCGCGGCCACCGUGUUACGAGGAUGCAAUUCUGCUACCGAAACUGGAUGCGGCUUCAUUCGCUUCACUUGACGAGCUAAUGCUUCGUGGAAAGCGCAGAAAACGACGACGUAAUCGACGUGCCUCCGGGGCUGAUCUAAAGGACGAUGAAGAUGAGGAUGACGUGCAGGAGCGUCUUCAGUUACGCCAACGUCAAAGGACGCGCAGUGAGGACGUACUAUCGAGACGGUUCGAAGACACUACACCGAGAUCGACCGCCAGUCCCGUGGUUUCGAUCUACGAACGACCUACCUCAACGCGUGUCGUCACUCUUCCUCAAAAUACAGCUGCUGCUCCUUCUUCUGCUGACGAUUCUGCGGCGAUACCUUCGACGAGUUCCGGAAGACAACCGGAAUCUACUGGAGAGCUACACUACGUUUCGAUCGAUUUGCUGAGUCUCGAUCAUGGUUCGAUGACAGGAUCCUCCACCACGACCGGUGGUGGUGGUGGUGGUGCACCGUCAUCGGGCCCAGUAUCGCGUACCAGCAGCACACGACGGAACGAAACGGAACCGGGCUACACCGGCAUUAGUCACAGUCCGUAUGCCAAACGGAAGGUGAAACCAUUGCAGCACAUUAACCGCAAUGGGAGUAUCGAUGAGAUUACGGAUUUUACCGACCGUCAGACGAGUCCGUACGCCAAACGGCGCAAUCCGUUGAUGUCCAGCUUCCGGCGUCCGGGAGGAGGAAAGGAUCAAACGGAGAAACUGCCUCCAAUUCCGACCGAAGCACCUCCACCACUACCGAGCAGUUCGAGGCCUGCGUCGGCCAUUCAACUUGUGGAAAACUAUUUCCAGCCACCGGAUCAGAUGAUGCGGCUCGAGGAUGAGCUGGAUGAUUAUGCUGUGAUCCCGCUGGCCGAAGGACGGCGGUUGGUGAGUCCGGACGAGUACGGUCCGGCGGAACCGCAACCAUCGACUUCUGGUCGAUCGCGACCGCCCGUGAACCUGGCGAUCGAUGACUUUCCGCCCAAUUCGAGUGACUCCAGUGAUGCCACCAGUGGGGUUAGCAUCGAAAUCAUACCGGCGAGGGAUCACCAGACGCGAUGAGACACGUGACCAUUAAUCUAUGCGCUCUAUCUAGUUAGUUUCAUGUAGUGGCAGCUCGAUGGCGAUGAGUCAUUCGGUACACAUUCGUUAGUACAAGAAUUAAUAAAAAUAAUUAAUUAUUAUCGUAAAGUAAGGUAGUGAUGAUGAGUUU